GUGACGUCACCCUGCUACGUGGAAAAGGAAGUAGCGGCAAGGCUAACGCUAGGAGAGACAAGUUGAGAGCGACCAAAACAAACGAUGACAGACGAGCAAAAGAGCCGAAAAAAGCUCGGAUUGUUUGGCUCUUAGCUCCUCUGGAUACUGUAUUGGAGAUAGCUGUAUUUCUACACGAGAAAUUAUGCGACAACGAGCGCCAAGCGGGCGGUGCGCGAGCUGUAACUAUCUGGGAUUAAUGUCCCUUUAACGCUAUGCGUUGACUAACUCACGGCGCUGCUAGGUGGCUAAGCGGUAGCUAGCUGUCAACAACGCUUUUCUGGGCCGUACAACAUUUGGGAAUUGCGAAGAAUUGUUCGCACCAUGCUAUCGUAGAUAAUGAAAAUGCCUAGACAGUUUAAGUGACUGUAUUUUGUGUGGUAACGGCACAUUAACUGAAGGAUUCCGUUUCGCAACUUGGUGAUUGCUAGCUAACGUUAGCCUAACAGCCAAGAUGAGUUGGUUCAAUGCAUCUCAUCUGUCCACCUUCGCCAAACAAGCUUUAACGACAGCUCAGAAGUCCAUCGACCGAGUUCUGGACAUCAAAGAAGAGGACGGAUGGGGCGAUACCGUGGUAAUGCCCUUUGAUGAUGUUACCAUGUCUGGGAAGCUGUCAUUAAGUGGAGGAUGGGGAAUGUCGCAGUGGGAAGCGCCCCCCGAGGAAAAGACCAUCACUCCUCCUUCCUCCUCUGACGCCAUCACCACGCCUGUGACCCGCACAGUCGUGGAUGAAUCGGAACACUUUUUCAGUGCCUUUCUGCCUCUCGGCGAUGGACAUGGUUUCACCAACACCCAGGUAGUGUCUGCACCCCCUGCUAAGUCUCAAAGGCAACUGGAGGAGGAGGAGGAGGAGGAGGAGGAAGAGGAAAGUGAAAACAGCAAAGAGGGUGUGGCACAACAAGAAGUGGAGACUCAAAAGUCAGCACCUGCUGACGAGAGUCGUGACAAUCAGACAGUUGCUGACAGCCCACAAGUUGAGCCCGAGUCUGCACCCGCAGCAAGCUAUGCAGACACUAUCCUCCUGCAGCCUGUCUCUCCGUCGUCUUCCAGCGACCUUCCUUGUGACCCAGACAGCGACAAGUGCAGCGAGAACGUUGGCGUUCCAGUUGCUCCAAACACAAAAACAGAGGAGUCAGAGACUGAGCGGGAUGCUCCAGAUUCUGCACAACCUGCUGCUGUCACUUCUGAACCGGAGAGCUCUCCCCCUUCUGAUCCUUCACCCUCGCCGCCGUCUAAAGAAGUACUCCUCGAGCAUAAAGACUCAAAGGGUGAGGACCGUCAAAACGAUACCCCCUCUCCUCCAGUCAGCGCUUUCUCCUCAGGAACAUCGACCACCAGCGACAUUGAAGUGCUUGACCAUGAUUCCGUGUUAAGCGAGAGCUCCGCCAGCUCCAGACAAGAAACCGGGGAGGGCAAGGCCGGCCUUCACCUAAUGCAAGGCUCUUUCCAGCUUCUCUCCGCCUCCACCUGUGGAGAUUUCCCCCGUCUGGAGGACUAUUCCAAACUCACAGAGAGCUGUGGCUCAUCCUCGGAUGCAUUUGAACGCAUCGAUUCAUUCAGUGUGCAGUCAUUGGAUAGCCGGAGUGUCAGCGAGGUUAACUCGGAUGACGAGAUCCCUGGCAGUCGGACACUAGCGUCGGUCACUGCAGACCCUCCCCCUUCAUCGGUGUCGUCGGCUGAAUGCCAGAAGCAGGGAGAUGGAGUGGUGGAGAGGGAAGAAAGGGAGGAAGAGGGCUUUACUGAUACUAUGAGGGACCAGUCGCUGGAUGAGAUGGAGGAGAGUGGACGGAGUGCUACACCUGUCAAUAGUGAGCCGCCUGAGGAGUUGACAGAGCAGGAAUCGGAGGCUAAUUUAAUGCCGUCAGCCUCCGACGCUGAGGAACAGAUCACUCAACCAAUCACAGAAGAGAUGAGAAGUGUGACGACAGUUCAGAUUUUGGAGCUUCAAAAGGUGAUUGACGAGCUGUCGAGCCGCCUUGAGAAGAGAGAGUCUCAGCUGCUGGCAGUCAGCAAAGACAAGGCCGUACUGGAGGAGAAGUGUGACAAUCUCAAAGAUGAAGUGAUAAGCCUGAAAGAGGAGAGCUUGAUGGUUCCAUCGCUACAGAAUGAGUUCACGCAGCGCAUAGCAGAUGCAGAGAGGAAGGCUCAACUGGCAUGCAAAGAAAGGGACAUAGCCAAGAAGGAAAUAAAAGGUCUGCGAGAAGAGCUUUCUACAAGACUUCACUCCAGUGAUACAUUGGAGAUCAUCAGAGAGAAGGAAGAGCAGAUCAGAGGCCUUUUGGAAGAAGGCGAAAAGUUGUCCAAGCAGCAGCUGCAGCACAGCAACAUCAUCAAGAAACUGCGCGUGAAGGAGAAGGAGAGCGACACAAGGAUCUCCAAGCAACAGAGGAAAAUCCAGGAGCAAGAGGAGGAGCUCAGGCAGCUGCAGGAGGUCCUAGAUGGGAAAGAAGAGGUGGAGAAACAGCACAGGGAGAACAUCAAGAAGCUGAACCUGGUGGUGGAGCGGCAGGAGAAGGAGCAGAGCAAGCUGCAGAUGGACUCUGAGGAGAUGCAGGAGAACAACAGGAGCCUCCAGGCUGCUCUGGACAGCUCUUACAAGGAACUUGCGGAACUUCACAAGGCUCAUGUCAGCAGAACGAGCGAGGCAGAGGAGGCAGCCCUCGGCAGGGAAACGCAAGCCAAGGAGAAGCUGAGCCUGGCUCUUGAGAAGGCCCAGGAGGAGGCCCGUAUCCAACAAGAGGCUCUGGCCAACCAGGUGGCUGACCUGAGAGUGGCUCUGCAGAGAGCUGAGCAGCAGCAAGCGAGAAAAGAAGAUUAUUUGAGGGAGGAGAUCAGUCAGCUGCAGCAGAGGCUCCAGGGGGCUGAGACAAGGAACCAGGAGCUCAGUCAGAGUGUUACCUCGGCAACACGACCCUUACUGCGACAGAUUGAGAACUUACAGGCCUCAUUAGGCGGACAGACUGCAUCCUGGGAAAAACUGGAGAAGAACAUCUCCGAUAGGCUAGCAAAUGCCCAGGCACAGCUGGCUGUUGCCGUAGAGAAAGAGAGAUCUGCAACAGAAGACCUCCUGUCCGUCAAGUCCCAGCUCGCCUCUCUUGAGUCCCAGAACUCGCUGUUCCGUCAGGAGAAGGCCCGACUCCUGGCACAGCUGGAUGCCGAGAAGAACAAGCGGGAGAGACUCGAGGAUGAGAGCAGCAGGGAGCAUGUUGAUUUGGAAAAUCUGCGAGGAGAACACAUCCGCCUGCUAGAAGAGGCCAAGAAGGAAAAGCUGCUGCUGACCAAUCAGUUAGAGAUGGAGAAGAUGAAGGUGGAGCAAGAGAAGAAGAAAUGCUACCUGGCACAUGAGGCACUCAAGGAAAAGGAGCGCAAGACCAUGACUCACUCUGUGGGGGAGCCUCCAGACUCAACCACACACUCCCUGUCCCGCUCUAGCUCCAUCAGUGGGGCAGACAAUGCUGGUCUGCACUCCUCAAUUCUUUCCCAGGAUGACUGCAUGGAUUACUCUUUGGGGAACAUGACCAUGUCUACGUCGAUGAGCGGGACCAACCUGUACGAGGCCGCCAGGCUGUCGGGAGGCUCAAGCAUCGUAGAGAACCUCCAGUCUCAGCUCAAACUCAGAGAAGGAGAGAUAACACAACUGCAGCUUGAGAUCUCUGGUCUUGAGAGGAGUCGUUCAGUGAUGGCAGAAGAGCUGGUUCGACUCACCAAUCAAAACGACGACAUGGAGGAGAUGGUGAACGACAUCCCCAAGUUGAAAGUUCAACUCAAGGAUCUGGAGCAAAGGCACAACACUAUCCUGCAGAUGUAUGGAGAAAAGGCUGAAGAGGCAGAGGAGCUGAGACUGGACCUUGAAGAUGUGAAGAACAUGUACAAAACCCAGAUUGAUGAACUGCUAAAGAACCAGAAGUAAACCAACUGUUACAGUUCCCCCAUUUUGAGACUCUCACAAACAAAUCAAUUGACCUUCUCAGCAACACAUGCAUUCACAGGGGAGGAAUAUGCAGAGAAUUUAGUUAAAACACUGUGUCAAAAGGAAACCCUUAUCAUUAUGUAUUUUAUUUUAAUUCAUUAUGACAUGCUAUAUUUGAGUGUGGCUGUUGGGAUUAUGUAGAACAUAAAAUAUAUUCUUACAGAAUCAGUAUGAAGGAUAGCCACAGGUUGUGAUUGCAGAGUCCAUUUGAAUUAUUUGGUACAUUGAAUGAAAUUUGCUUUUGGGGUAAAUUCACCUUUCAUAGUAUUGUAUAAAGUUCAAAGCUGUUGAGGGAUGGUCAAGCUUAUUUUGCACUACACAAAUUCAUCCCAUUUGUUAAAGCAGAAUCAAAAUGGUUUGAGGUAUAUAUAUAUAACAAUAUUGUACAGCGAAUUUCAUCAAUUACUCCUCAAAGUGAUUUUGUGUAGACUUGAGAGUAGUCUGUGAUUAAAAUGCAGCAGGACAUACAUUUUAAACCUUAUAAAUAUGUAAAUUAAUAAACAUUUAUUUGGGUGGUGAGAAAUUC